AUGAAACAGAUCCGGGGCGAGAGGGGCGACAUCCGCAACAUCCAGGCUGAGGUCCAGCUCCACACCUUGCCCUACGACCGACGAGAGAUGGACCAGCUUAGAGAACAGCUGAUAAAGGCCUUCAGAGAGCAGAUGGACAUUCGGAGACAGCUGAUGGAACUGGAGAGCAACCACAUGGAAAUACAAAUGGAGACGUCUCGGCAUUUCCUCAUCGUCGCAGAUUGGGAGCAAGAAAAAACCCGGCGAGUGCGCAAAUGGAGGGAAGAGCUGCGUAAGGAAUCCUAUGGAAAGGACGAUAGCGAGAAGGACUCGGACACGGGAGACGACCAGUCGGACAUCAUGGAGCCGCAGGAGGUCACCGCAGCCAGGGAGAACAUCCAGGCACUGGUGGGAGACCAGGGAAAACUCCGCAGGCAGAAGCUGGAGCUGGAGAGGAGAUUUAAGGAGAUCCGUCAGCGAGCGAGGAGGCUGGAGGAGAUUUUACCGAAGAGGAUCAGCUCGGAGGAGCAGAGGGAGGUCCUCAGCCUGCUGUGUAAGGUGCACGAGCUGGAGAUCGAGAACACCGAGAUGCAGUCCCACGCCCUGCUGAAGGACAACAUGAUCCGCCAGAAGAACUACAUGGUGCAGCGGUUCGAGCAGCAUCGCUGCAUCUGCGACGAGAUCAUCCGGCAGCAGAGGAGGGUCAUCGCAGAUCACAACUUGACCGUCCCGCACCGCCUGGAGGACCUGUAUGAAGUGUACCUCCGCGAGCUGGAAGAGGGCACCUUGGAACGGAUCAGUCUCGUUGACCGAGCUUCACUUCUGGCUUUGAAGGACAGCCAGAGCUCCUUGCCGAAAAUCCCUCAGAUCACCGCCGAGGAGACCUCCCAGGAACCCGACUCAGACCAAGAGAGCGUGAGAACCUUCGGAUCCGACAACCACAAUCUGCACUACAGGGAGUCGUACCGCCGAAUCUUACCGCGACUUCUCUCCGAGGCUGAGAGCGAUACCAAUAAAGUGUUUAAAACCAGCCCCCGCGCCCGUUACUUUAAGAAUUCCACGGUGGUGACUCCGCCUCCAAUUCAUGUGAACGGGAUGGUCAGCAAGGAGCCAUUUCCGCGGAGCAAUCUGGUGAGCAUGAGCCAGCACAUCAACUCCUCCCCUGAGAGCGUCGACAAGGUCGCUUUAACACGCAAAGAAAAGAAGGAGAUUCUCAGCAGCAUAAAAAGCAUCUCGGUGAAGGCGGCCAGACGGCGUUCCCGGGUCACAGACGGGGACCGCCUCCAGCCUCUUCAGCCAAUGAAGGAGAGGAGCAACCUGUCCGUCCACUCGCUGAGCGAGAGCGAGGACAACCCGUUCCGAGACCAGCAGAUGCCCGCCUCUCCCCUCCACCACGCCGCCAGCGAAGACAACCUUUCCACCAGCACCGGGGAGAUGGUGGCGGCACUGGUGGGAGGAAACCGUGGGAGGGGUUCUCCGGGGUUGUGGCAGCAAGUGCCAAAGAAAGGGGCCCCGAAGUCGGAGAAGAGGGAGGAGACCCUGGAGGUGAAACGCAGGAAGAAGAGGUCGCGGUCCUUUGAAGUCACCGGCCAGGGGCUGAUCAGACCGAAGAACCAUCCUUCCCGGAACAGAAUCCUGGAAAGCAAUUCUGAGCACAAGAUCCAGGCGAACGGCCCUCCGGGAGGAAACGGGCGCGGCGGCCGGGGAAGGUCGUCCUGCCGAUCGCACAGGUCAAACUUCCGCAGAACCAGACGGGAACAGUGAAACAGACGGACCACCAGGCUACAGGAUCCCAGCCCAACCCUCCAGUCAACACAAAGAAGCAAACCUCCAACCAGCGUCCACGAUUCCACUAUGUCAACUCCAAUGCUGCCGGUGUCACUGGCAAAGAGAUGAAGGUUCGGAAAUACUAA